AUGAUGCUGACUGAGGGAAACGAGAGUGCUGGAGCCACUUUUGUCCUCUUGGGCUUCUCAGAGUUCCCACACCUGCAGGCACCCCUCUUCCUGGUGUUCUUGGCCAUCUACACCAUCACUGUGGUGGGGAACCUGGGUAUGAUUGGGGUCAUAAGGGUCAAUCCCAAACUUCAGACACCCAUGUACUUUUUCCUCGCCCAUUUAUCCUUUAUAGAUUUUUGUUAUUCCAGUGUAGUCACACCCAAACUACUAGAAAUCUUAGUUGUGAAAGACAGAACUAUCUCCUUCAAAGGAUGCAUGACACAAUUUUUCUUUGCCUGCACAUUUGUGACUGUGGAAAUGUUCAUGUUGGCAGUGAUGGCCUAUGACCGGUUUGUGGCUGUUUGUAACCCCAUGCUCUACACAGUUGCUAUGUCUCCUAAGCUCUGUGCUGUCCUGGUAGCUGGAACUUACAUAUGGGGUGGACUCAGUUCCUCGACACUCACAUAUUCUCUUUUGGAACUAUCCUAUUGUCGACGUAAUAUAAUAAAUCACUAUUGCUGUGAAUAUUCUGCCAUUCUCUCUGUAUCCUGCUCUGACACCUAUUUCAGCCAAAUGGCUUUAUCGGUUAUUUCAAUAUUCAGUGAGGCUUGUAGCCUCCUGGUCAUUUUAACCUCCUAUGUCUUCAUAGUUGUCACUAUCAUCAGGAUGCCUUCUACAGGGGGACUUCGGAAAGCCUUCUCCACCUGUGCCUCCCACCUGACUGCCAUCACCAUUUUCCAUGGGACUGUCUUUGUUCUCUACAGUGUGCGCAAAUCUAAGAGCUCAUGGCUCUUCAUUAAAGUAGCCACUGCGUUUUACUCCAUAGUGAUCCCUAUGCUAAAUCCUCUUAUCUACAGCCUUAGAAACAAGGAUGUGAAGGAGACUGUCAGGAAGUUAAUUCACAUAAAAUUACUUUCUCACUCAAUGUAA